AUGGCUGACAACCAUGACACUCCCAACCGGGAGAAGCUUGUGCAAGACUUUGCAAACAUGUGCAACUGCAGUCCGGAGCAGGCAACGCAGUACCUUGAUGCCAAUCAAUGGGAUCUUAUUGCCGCUUGUAACAGCUUUUUCCAGGACGAUGACGAAGCAAGGAUGCAAAGCGGAUCGGGCGAUUCAAGGCCUGAGUCCGCGUAUUCUGGGCCUCGUACGCUCGACGGGCGACCUGCUCCCGCCGCCGCUUCGUCUAGCAGAGGAGGUCCUCAGACGACGUCACAACCCAAGAGGAAAGGCAUUGCGACGUUAGGGUCUCUUGGUAGCGGUGCCCAUGCCCACGAUGACGAGGGAGACGAUGAUGACGACUACGAGGACGACGAUGAUGAGGGCCGUGGCAAUCUUUUUGCUGGCGGCGAGAAAUCUGGACUUGCCGUACAGGACCCGCACCAAGAAGGUAGCCAAAGAAAAAUCAUCAGUGAUAUUCUGGCCAAGGCGGCGAAAGCCAAUGCAUCCCGCCCCGAUCAGUCUGUGGACGAACCUGGUCCGUCUGGUCCAUCGCGCUUCCGCGGUGCUGGCGUCACACUAGGCGGCGAGGGCGUUGAAAGCCGCAGGAUUCCUGGUCCUCUGGGCGCUGCUCCUACAUCCAGUGCCGAGCCUGAGGAGCGCAUUCUACACAUCUGGCAGAACGGUUUCAGCAUUGAUGAUGGGGAACUUCGACGAUUUGACGACCCAGCCAAUCAAGCGGAUUUGCAAAUGAUAAAAUCAGGCCGCGCUCCGCUACACUUAAUGAAUGUCCAACAUGAUCAGAGAGUCGACGUCAAGCUGCAUCGGCACGAGACCCCCUACAAGCCACCGCCUAAGAAGUAUAAGCCUUUCUCUGGAACAGGUCAGCGUCUGGGAAGUCCUGUACCUGGCGUUGGUACUCCCGCUCCGCCAGCUGCUUCCACAACCACAGCACCAGCCUCAUCGGCAUCAGCAUCGGCAAACCGGGAGCCAUCCAUCGACUCUUCACAGCCUACCGUCCUGAUCAGAAUUCAGAUGCCAGACGGAACGCGACUCCCAGCUCGCUUUAAUACCACCAAUACUGUGGGUGAUGUCUAUGGAUUUGUCCAGGGGGCGUCGCCAGAGACUAGAACUCGGUCGUGGGUCCUCGCAACGACCUUCCCGAACAAGGAGCAUACUGAUAAAGACUUGGUAUUGGGUGAUAUGGCGGAAUUCAAAAAGGGCGGGACGGCUGUUGUCAAAUGGACUUAG